AUGAUGGUAGCUAAUAGCUUCGAUCUCUGGCAAAAGGAUGUUUUUUUCUCCGCAGCCGAAGAGGUUCAAGAAUCUGCCGAUAUAUUGGAAUCUGCGUAUAGAUUGUGGAUUAAAGAGAAGAAAGAAGGUCGAGUUUACGUUGAAUCAGACGAGCUCUGCAAAGAACUUCAUGCAGCUUUGAGCACAGCCAAAUGGCAGUUGGAAGAGUUUGAGAGGGCAGUGAGGUUGAGCCAUGGAAAUUGUCGCGACGACACUACCUUAACCAGGCAUAAACAAUUUGUCGCCGCUAUCGAAAACCAGAUUUAUCGAGUUGAAUCUGCUCUGCAAGAGGCUUUAAGCGAGAAUGGAAAACAACCUUUGCGUUGGGUGGAUCUUAACAAAGAAGAACGUGACGACCUUGCCAUGUUUCUAUCUGGAUCUUCUCAAACCUCAGAGAGUUUAAACAGUGAAAGCAUCAACUUGAGAGAUUCCUCUACAAGUUCCGUAGCAGAAAAUACACGUGGGAUGAACGGCAGAAGAGAGGCUAGAUUUUACGGUGACAGUCCCGAUUGUGUGAUUGACAUUGAUGAGAGAGGAAGCCCGGAAAGCGCUGGUUCCAUUAUCCGCAUGCAGGCAGAUAAAAAAGGCGGUACAAGAAGAACAUGGAGUUCACCAAAUGUACCGAAUAUCAGUGCGUUGAGGAUUAAUGUUUCUGUUGAUGCCAAAGAAGAUGAGAGGAAGAAACUUCUGUCGCAAAUCGAAGCCACUCCUAAAGAAAAAGGAUAUAAACCUCUGUUUUGGAUGCAAAGAUGUCGUGAUUAUAAUCAGCUCUUUGACAGAGUUGGUUAUUAUCAAAGGCGUUUUCGCGCUCCAAUUAGCCGCCCGAUUCAGCUCAUUCUUUCCUUAAUGCUAAUCUUGUUUCUUCUAUGUUUUUAUACAGAUUCUUGCUUAUUUGGGCACACGAAUGUUAGAUACUACAUGAUUCAACAUCUCUCAAGAAGGAAGAGAGGUCAUUAA